UCAAGUCUUCUGCAGACUACAAACCAAGAGAGUCAAAAAGUCUGUCAGUGCCAUCCAAGUUACCAAAAUAUUGUGCUUCACUUCCACCUCAAGCCCUUCUCUCUCUCUAGCGCACUCAACCAUGGUAAUAGAAAGGCCAUCCCUUCUCUUCCUCUUGGGUUUUCUGUUGGUGCAGUCAUGCAUGCAUCAGUUGUACUCCCAAUCUUUAAGUAAUUCUACUGAUCAAUUAGCUCUCAUUGCCUUCAAAUCUAACAUCACCUCCAGUCCAAACCAAACUCUCUUGGCAGCUAACUGGACCACAACAACAAACAUGUGCAACUGGGUUGGGGUCUCUUGUAGCCGGCGCAGGCAAAGAGUGACCGCUUUGAACCUUUCCUACAUGGGUCUCGAAGGCACCAUUUCUCCUCAUAUUGGUAAUCUCUCAUUCCUUGUCUCUCUUGAUCUAAGCAACAACUACUUCUUCAGCUUUCUGCCUCAUGAGAUCAGCCGCCUACACCGCUUGAGAAUACUCCGAUUGUCAUCCAACCUGUUGGAAGGUAAUAUCCCUCCCACUUUGCAUUAUUGUCGGAAGCUUCAAGUACUUAGUCUUGCAGAGAAUAAAUUCAGCGGAGGGCUCCCUUCACAAAUGAGUUAUUGUAGAGAGCUUGUAGUGUUAUCGCUAUCAUUUAAUAAGUUUAUUGGAAGCAUUCCAAAAGGCUAUGGGAGUUUGGAAAAGCUUCAAAAGCUAUAUCUUGGAGACAACAACUUAAAUGGGUCAAUCCCCCGAAGCCUUUUCAACAAUUCAUCUCUUAAAGAAAUCUCCUUGACCAACAAUUCCUUUUAUGGAAAUAUUCCAUUUGAUAUAGGGCUUUCUUGCCCGAAUCUUGAAUAUGUGGUUUUUGGUAUGAACAAAUUUAGUGGUCGUAUCUCAUCUUAUCUUUCAAAUUGUUCAAAGCUCCUCGUAGUAGAUUUUCAUACAAACUUACUCUCUGGGCCAAUACCCACGAGUCUUGGACGCUUGAAAUACCUUCAAGAACUUUAUUUGAAUAACAAUCAGCUUACAGGAGAGUCUUCUGAAGGUCAAGAGCUUAAUUUCCUUUCAUCUUUAUCUAAUUGUAGAUUUUUGAAAAUGCUGUCAAUAUCUAGGAAUCCAUUGGAUAUUACUCUUCCUAAUUCCAUUGGAAACUUUUCUGUUUAUCUUGAAUCCAUUGUUGCAUCCCAAACCCAAAUAAGGGGUUAUAUUCCUAUGGAAAUCGGUUCCUUGAAAGGCUUGACCUGGCUUCAUUUGAGCAGUAACAAUUUGAGUGGAAACAUUCCAUCCACGAUUGGGGGACUGGAGAGUUUGCAAAAAUUGUUUCUUGACCAUAAUAAGAUUGAAGGAUCUACUCCCGAAGACAUAUGUCAGUUAAAGAACUUAGGCGACUUAGAUCUCUCAGAUAACAAAAUCUUUGGAUCCAUCCCAAAUUGCAUUGCAAAUCUCAGUUAUUUGCAAUAUCUAAACCUUAGUUCUAAUAGAUUGGAAUCAUCAAUACCAUUAAAUUUAUGGAGCCUUGGAAAUCUACAGGUUUUGGACCUAUCAUUGAAUGCCUUUGGUGGAUAUUUGUCUCCAAACAUGAAAAAAUCGGAUGUUAUUGAACACAUAGAUUUAUCUCGAAACCAAAUUACUAGAAAUAUUCCAAGCAUCAUUGGAUCUUUUGAAAGCCUACGUUUUCUUGACUUAUCAAAGAACUCAUUUCGUGGAGAGAUUCCACAAUCUUUUGGAGACUUAAAGGGAUUGGAUAUGUUAAACCUCUCAUAUAAUAAUCUCAAUGGUUCAAUUCCCAAGUCUCUUGAGGCACUUUCAUAUCUCAAGAACUUGAAUGUAUCUUUCAACGAACUAUCUGGAGAGAUCCCAUCAGGUGGGCCUUUUGCGAACUUCACAGCUGAAUCAUUUUUAGGAAAUAAAGCACUUUGUGGGAAUCAAUUUUUCGAUGUUCCACCUUGUCCAAGUCCGAGCUCCAAAGGAUUAAGGGUGAAAGAAAUUUUGCUUAAAUAUGUUCUUCCUGGAAUUAGUUCAAUUAUAAUCAUUCUAGCACUGGUUUACAUGUUGAGAAGACAUCGAGAAAGUAAUAAGCAAGUUCCAAGUUUACCUAAUACAUUGUCUGUGUUGGAACAUAGAAUGAUAUCAUAUCAAGAGCUUUGUCGAGGAACAAACAAUUUCUGUGAAAGUAACUUGCUUGGAACUGGAGGUUUUGGUUCUGUUUACAAAGGAGUGCUAUUUGACGGGACAAUUGUUGCUGUCAAAGUUCUAAAUUUGCAAUUGGUUGGUGCUUUCAAAAGUUUUGAUGCAGAAUGCAAGGUGUUACAGACAAUUAGACAUAGGAAUCUUGUUAAAGUCAUAAGUACAUGUUCCAACCUCGAGUUUCGAGCUUUGGUGCUGCAAUACAUACCGAAUGGCAACCUUGAAAGAUGGUUAUACUCUCACAACUACUGCUUAAAUCUUCUUCAAAGAGUAAACAUUAUGAUUGAUAUUGCAUCAGUGUUGGACUAUCUCCACUAUGGUCAAUCAGAACCUGUCGUUCAUUGUGACUUGAAGCCUACCAAUAUCUUGCUGGAUGAUGACAUGGUUGCACAUGUUGCUGAUUUUGGCAUUGCAAAAAUUUUAGCCGAAAACAAGGAUUUCAUAUAUACCAAAACUCUUGGUACACUCGGCUACAUCGCACCAGAGUACGGUUUUGAAGGAAAAGUGCUCAUCAAAUGCGAUGUUUAUAGUUAUGGUAUAGUAUUGUUGGAGAUGAUAACAAGGAAGAAACCUAUUGAUGACAUGUUUGUAGGAGGAUUGACUUUGAGACAAUGGAUAAAUGAAUCACUUCCUGGCAGAAUGAUGGAAGUUGUGGAUGACAGUUUAUUAAGAAUAGAACAUGGAAGAGACAUAAUUGCCAUCGAGAGUAUUUUUUCGUCCAUAAUAGAAUUAGGCUUAAAGUGUUCUGAAGAAUUACCUGAUGAGAGAAUCAACAUCAAGGACGUGCUUCUCAAGCUUAACAAAAUCAAAUUGGCACUUUCUGAAGACCGAAACAACAGGGGUGUUUGAUGUCUUUGAUAUGGGUAUUGCAUGGUUUAUCUUUUUGCUUUUAUAAGUACUUACAAGUGGCAUGUAAUAACUUUAUAUGACUUUUCAUGUUUAUGCAAAUGGUUUGGGAUUUUCUAGCA